UUCUGAAAAUGUCUCAGAAUUUCGACGAGGUGACCGCUGGGUCCCCAGUAGCUCAGUUCUAUGAGAACCGUGUUAUCUUUAUAACAGGAUCCACAGGCUUUAUGGGAAAGGUUUUGGUUGAGAAGUUGCUACGCUCCACUAGUGUAAAGAAAAUAUAUCUCCUCAUCAGACAGAAGAAGGGCGUGGCAACCCAGGCCCGCCUUCAGGAUCUUCUCUCAUCUAAGCUGUUUGACAGUGUACGGACUACUAGAGCUGGAGAACUGAGUAAACUAGUUGCAGUUCAUGGAGAUAUUACUCAACCCCGUCUUGGUCUUUCCACAUAUACAUCUAGAUUGUUGGUAGAGAAUGUAAGCGUUGUGUUCCAUAGUGCUGCCACUGUCAAAUUUGACGAAGACUUGACAAAGUCCGUUGCCAUGAAUGUAGAAUCGGUUCAAUCUAUGAUUAGUUUGUGCAAGAAGAUGAAAAAAUUAGAGGCCCUGGUACAUGUAUCUACUGCCUACUGCAACUGUGAUAGAUCAGAAAUAAAAGAAGAAGUUUACCCUCCUCCUGGAAACCCACAGGGAUUUAUUCAGCUCUGUAAGUGCAUGGAUGAAGAAACCUUGAACUCCCCAGAGAUGACCGCUAAGCUAAUAGGAAAUAGACCUAAUACCUACACUUUUACUAAGGUAAUAGACCUAAUACCUACAGCACCACCUUUACCAAGGUAACCAGACUGUGUAAAC